GGGUAAGAUCCAGUCAAUCCCACAGGGAUAUGGGCUGCAGGCCAGUAGAGAGGUGAGCAACAAACACCAUAAACAGUGUAGUUUUACACUCCCUGAACACACCCCUGGGCCUCUGCAGACUGCCGGCUACUGCACUAUCUAGACCAAGUGAUGUCACAGGAGCAGUGGAUUUAAGCAGGUUUUAGUUUGACGCUAAUCCCCUCGUGGUGAGCGCAGUAAACGAGAGGACAGUCCCUGCCAAUAGCAUGCAUGCAUCAGCCCCCGUUGGAUUAGUACAUCUCGUCCCCUCCUCCAGUCUGUUGUCAUUGUCCAGCAUGUGUUUUUACCCCAAUUUCUUACCCUCAGUCUUAGUGUGGGAUGCCCAGCACAAGCAUGAUCCCAGCAGAAUGGAGUAGAGCCUCACUCUGAAGGUGUGUUAUUUUUCUGCCAGUAUGCCUGCGUGUGUGUUCUUUUUCUAUCAUGUUGUAUGUCUCUCUCCAAGGAUUUCUAAUGUUUCCAGGGCUGAAUUAUUUAGACAGGCUGCCAGCAGGGAGCUACAUGAUAGCUCAGACUUAAGAGUGAAGGGAGGGAGGGGGUGUACAGCUGCAGAUCAGGUAAGAGGGUACCUGCUGCUUCACCUGUCCUUCUCUCCUCCCCAUGUCUCCCUUAUGAUUGGGGGGGUCAGUGUAACUGGAGAGUUUGAAACCCAAUACUCGGCUCUAUUUUCCGCUUUUGUAGCUAUCCUCAUUAUUGUCUUUACUGAUGCCUGACUUGAGCGAGCAGUCGCAUUUUGGUGGCUCUCUGGGCCAGCAGGUCGCUGCGUGGAGCGAGGGCCAGAACGACAGGCCGGCAAGUCGUUGUUUCUACUGCGGUACCAUCGAGGGGCGAAGGAGUUCUCUGCUGCUGAGUGGUAGAGACAGCACAACUGGUUUUCUUCAUCAGCUAGACCUGGCUGAGAAACAGCAUCAAGGUCUGCAUGGACAGCAGCUCCUGAGGAAGGGCUCUGUUCCUGAUCUGAGCAGUAACCUCUACCUGAGGCAAGCCAUGGCAGGCCGGACCUCAGUACCAGCUCAAGAUUACUACCUGGCUGACGCUUCCUUAUCUGGUCAGCCACCUGAAGAGUCUGGAUUUUACAGGGAUAACCAGCACUCACUCACCAGAUCAGCCUCGCAUUAUGGAGGGGUGAGGCCUGCGUGGGAUCAAGGACAGGCAAGAGCCACACCUUCUAUAUUGGCCUCUGCUUCUGCACCUACAUCCGUGCCUCCUCCUCCUCUCCCUCCUCCCCCGCCACUUCCGCCCCCUCCUCUUCACGAGCUGAGCCGUUUGUACCGGGAAGCUCUGGGAUCUAAGAUGAUCCCAGACGUCCAGCGUAUUGGUGGCAGUUCUUUUACUCCAGCCGCUAUCUACGGGGUCCAGCCCCCUCUUCCCAUUUACGCCUCUGAACCGCCGUCUCUACCUGCACAUCAGGUUUAUAACAGCAUCACCAGCUUGCCCCUGGAACCUCGCCAGCCAACUGGCAUCGGCUCAGUGGUGGACCCAGUAUCUCAAGUGAUGGACGGAGUUCUCCCACGAGCCUAUGGAGCUGUGGCCUCCCAGAGGCUGCCCUAUGACCCCAACUAUGACCCUGCCUCAGUCAUGGUGGCCGCCACAGCUGGAAUGCCUUCCAGCCUGCCUCCAGUCCAUCCCAGCGCUGCAGACCCCAAGAAGAUGGUAGACCCUACCUUUUUGGCUUUCCUGCGAGCCGAAGGCUUGGCUGAGAGCACCAUCACUCUGCUGCUGCAACACGGCUUCGAUUCCACGGCCACACUGACGAUGAUGGAGGAUCACGAUGUUCGGUCUGUGGCCCCGAACUUGGCCCAAGCCCGUGUUUUGUCCCGCCUGGUGAUGGGAUGUAAAACAGGCGGCGCUGCGACACGUACCCGGUCUAACAGCUUUAGCCAUCGCAAUGACCUCUAUAUGCAGCCACAGGGGCUGACGAUGGACACCAGUCUGAUGCAGCAACCCUCCACUACUAUUCAGACCGUAUCUCCGAGAAUGGGGGAGUUUCUCGGCCGAAGGCCAAGCAGUGCUCCUUCUCAGCAUCUCCUCGAGACCACCACCUACCCCGGGGCAAGGCCACUGGCAACUGGAGCUUUCCCAGUUAGCCCUGGAGGAUACAACAAUGUAGUGCCUCAGGCAAGACCUCUCUCUAUGUACAAUCCCCACACCGGUCUUGCCAUGUCUGCGCUUGGACAGCAACCCCCACCAGCCCCUGGCACUCCCGGAACGGCGCCCAAAACCUUCUCAGGCUCCUAUUCCCCCAUGGAGCUGAUGAAGAGAGCCCCAAACCUUCCCCCGGCUUCUCCCAUUGCAGCAGCGAGCCCCCUCCACAGUCCACAGCUUCUCCGGAAAGGGAUCAGUGCUGCUCCUGAGAGCACCAUCGUUCCUUCUACCUCCAACACCACUCUCCAAGGGCAAACUACCACCAACAACAAGCUGGUUGGACGUCGCACCGGUCCACCUGUUAUAGUCUCAACCAUGACCACCGCACCCGAUACAAGUAAUGUGAAACCUCACAUUUUCAUUACUUAUUUUCUAAAAUCUUAAGCUUUAAUAUCUAAAUCCAUAUUGUU